UCACAUUAGCCUCCGCCGGUCCGCCAUUUUGUUCCAGAUUGUGCUGUAGGCAAAACUCGGUGUAGUUAUUGUGGUUCUGUGUCGUUAAAUGUCCUCGAUAUCAAAGUGCGUUGUUGUUUACUACCAUUUUUGGGUGUGUUUAUUCGCGUAGACUAAACGUAAGGUCGUUGUAGUUUUGUGGAUCAGUAAGAUUUUGCAGUACAUUAUGCCGAGCCACCCGCUGCGUGUAGCGGUGGUGUGUUCGAGUAACCAGAACCGCAGCAUGGAAGCGCACAACAUCCUCAGCAAGCGUGGUUUCGAUGUUCGAUCUUUCGGCACCGGAAGCCAUGUGAAACUCCCAGGACCCACUCCAGACAAGCCUAAUGUGUAUGACUUCAAAACCUCUUACGAACAGAUGUACAGCGAUCUGGUCCGAAAGGACAAGGAACUAUAUACACAGAACGGCAUCCUGCACAUGCUUGAGCGCAACAAGCGCAUCAAGACAAGACCUGAACGUUUCCAGAACUGUAAGGACCAGUUUGACCUGGUGAUCACCUGUGAGGAGAGAGUGUAUGACCAGGUGCUGGAGGACCUGAACUCUCGUGAACAGGAGACGUUCCAGCCGGUGCACGUAAUCAACGUGGACAUCCAGGACAACCACGAGGAAGCCACGCUCGGAGCUUUCCUCAUCUGUGAGCUGUGUCAGUGUAUUCAGCACACUGAUGAUAUGGAGAAUGAUAUUGAUGAGCUGCUGCAGGAGUUUGAGGACAAAAGCAGCCGUCCAUUCCUUCACACGGUCUGCUUCUACUGAUGUCUGCUGCGCAUGUGUACACACACACGCGCACACACACACAUCAUCAUCACCAUCCUGAGGCCCAGCUGGACUGGUCACACAGACAUCAUCACACUGACAUCAUUUUGAUCUCAGAGCUGCAGCAUGCGCCGCCUGUGUUACCACACACACACACACACACACUCACGCACACACACUCUGUUUCAUCCCAGAUAAUGAAACACUGUUCCCUGAGUCAGACACGGCUCUCUCUCUCACACACACACACACUUACCACGUUGUGUAUGUAUUAAUUACACAACACAGGACAAACCUUUCUUUUCCUCUGAGUAUUUUUUUUUUAUUGCUCUAAUAAUUGCUGAAGAAUAAUGAAUAUUUCGGUUGUGUAAUGUGGAGACGAUCAGCUGUGUGUAAGCAUUGAGAUGUUUUACUUGAAUACAGAUGAUUAUGAUGAUGAACCAGAAAAUGGGUUUCAGAUGUUAUUUCUCUUUGUGUUCAUAGUUAUUUAAACAUUAUGGAAACUCUUCUGGAUAUUUUCAUUUCUGUUCUUGCUUUUUUUUUCUUUUUCUUUUUUUUUUGUAAACUGUGAGUGUGAUUGUAAGUCCAGAGUGCCUGAACAUUUGUGUAAAUAGAACACGUAAAUGAAAAACACCUUAAUAAACUCGGUGAAAUGCAAUGAA